CGCACAGCCCGUACGGUCAGUCCCGUCAAUCACAGUGUACUGUUCCCUCUGCUCAAAGCAACCUGCUACACUCCACUCACCUGUCUGAAACUCUGUCUGCUGAACACCAGAUCCCUCAGUAAUAAGGCCCUUUUGAUAAAUGACUUUAUUGUUGACCAGAGCCUAGACAUUCUCUGCCUCACUGAGACCUGGCAACAACCAAAUGACUUCUCCCAUCUAAAUGAAGCAGUCCCACCAGGUUUUUCUUUUAUUAGUAAACCCCGGGUUAAUGGGAGGGGGGGUGGCCUCGCUCUCCUCCAUCGUGAUAACAUCAAAGUCACCACUGUCACAGUCCCCCUUCAUUCCUCCUUUGAAUGUCUAGCUGUAAAACUCUCAGGCCCCAAACCCACUAUCAUUGUCACCAUUUACAGACCGCCAAAACCCUCCGCCGUUUUCCUCAAUGAAUUCUCAUCACUACUUACAUCUGUAUGUGCAAUGUCCCCCACUGUUAUCCUCCUUGGUGAUUUCAACAUCCACAUUGACAACCCAUCCUGUACUUUUGCUAAUGACUUCACAUCACUUCUGGACUGUCUUGGCAUCACACAACAUGUCAACCUCCCAACCCAUAACAAAGGUCACAUUCUGGAUUUAAUCUGCUGCACUGACAUCACUCCCACUAACCUUGAUGUCAUUGAUUUCCCCAUCUCCGACCACAAAGCUGUACUUUUUGACAUUCAUACCCAACUACACAAAAGCAAGGAACAACGGACUAUCUCCUUCAGAAACAUCAAACUUAUCAACCGCAAAGCCAAAACCACCACCUGUCAGCUCGAUCCUCUUCCCACCUCCCUUGUCAAAGCAUGUCUUCCGUCCAUCUCCCCCAUGAUCACCAACAUAAUUAACUCCUCCCUCACUACUGGUACUGUACCCCCCACUCUCAAGCUGGCUGCCAUCACUCCCAUCCUGAAAAAACCUGGUGCUGACCCAACUGACCUUAACCAUUACCGGCCCAUCUCCAAUCUCCCUUUCAUCUCCAAAACACUUGAAAGGGUGGUUGCCGCACAACUACAGUCCCACCUCGACACUAACAAUCUCCACGAACCGUUCCAAUCUGGCUUCCGUCCAAAACACAGCACUGAAACAGCCCUAGUCAAAAUCACCAACGACCUCCUCCUUGCAGCCGACUCUGGAUUACUCACCAUUCUCAUCCUCCUCGAUCUCAGCGCAGCAUUCGACACCAUCUCCCACCCUCUGCUCCUGGACCGCCUAGCUGGUAUUGGGAUCACUGGUGCUGCACUCUCCUGGUUUACAUCCUACCUCACCGGCCGUCAACAAUUUGUUCAACUAAGCAACCACAAGUCUGGGUGUUCAGGUGUCUCACUGGGUGUCCCCCAGGGGUCAGUCUUGGGUCCACUCCUCUUCACCACUUACCUCCUCCCGCUGGGCACACUCCUCCGUCACCAUGGGGUCCAUUUUCACUGCUACGCUGACGACACACAGGUCUACAUCUCCACCAAACCCACCGCUGCCAUCCCCCCCACUUCCCUCAUCACGUGCCUGGAAGAGAUCCGGAGCUGGUUGAGCAGGAACUUCCUGAAACUCAAUGGAAACAAGACCGAGGCCCUGCUCAUCGGAUCCAAAUCCACCCUCACUAAAUCACAACACACCCCAGCUCCACUCAUAAUUAUCGAUGGAUUCCCAGUACCCUUCUCCUCCAAAGUCAAGAGCCUCGGCGUCAUCCUGGACAACACCCUCUCAUUCGCACCCCAUAUUCACAACAUCACCCGGACUGCAUUCUUCCACCUCCGCAACAUCGCCAGACUCCGCCCAUCACUGACCCAAUCCAGCACUGAAAUCCUAGUUCACUCAUUUGUCACAUCACGCAUAGACUACUGCAACGCCCUCCUCACCGGACUCCCCACCAAACUCAUCAACAGACUGCAGAUCAUUCAGAACUCAGCUGCCCGGAUCAUCACCCGCACCAAAUCAUCUGACCACAUCACCCCUGUCCUCAUUCAACUUCACUGGCUCCCAGUACACUACCGCAUCCAAUACAAAACCCUACUCCUCACCUACAAAGCUCUCCACAACCUAGCCCCCAGUUAUCUCUGCGACCUCCUCCAAGAAUACACUCCCUCCCGCUCCCUCCGCUCAACCUCUGCUGGACUACUAUGUAUCCCCAUAUCACGACUUACUUCAAUGGGUGCCCGGUCAUUCAGCUGUUCAGCACCCAGGCUCUGGAACUCCCUCCCCCCACACAUAAAACAGUCAGACACCAUUACAACCUUCAAGUCACAACUCAAAACUCACCUGUUCAAACUCGCACACAACGUCUGACUGA